UUAUAUGUAUUGAAAUUCAAUUUCGUAGUUAGUCACAUUUAACAAAGUUUUUGAUAUUUAUUCAUAUACAUAUUACAUAAAUAUGGUUAUUGACACUUUUAGCAAGUAGAGAAGAUAUAUUUGAAAUAUUAAUGAAUUAUCAAACGCUCGUAAACUUUUUUUAUUGAUACAAUGGGUUAAUCGUCGCGGUGGUAUAUAAACGUAAACACCGUAAACAAAUCAUGGUAUGCUAUUUAAAUAUGUGAGUCAGAGAUGCAUUUAACACAAUUCGGUAUUGGUCUGUAAUAUAGUGUCAAGGAGAGACGGUGACUACAUUCUUAUCUCGACUCUAUUAUCUAAAUGCGGAGUAAAAACGACAAUAUAUUGGUGAAUUAAAUCAUAGACGUAAUUGCACGAUGACCUCUUCUCAAACCCAAAGCCCUCCAGAGAUGGGUUCAACUAAUGUGGUGUUUAGGACGCAAAUGCGAUUUGACCACUCCUAUUUGAAAACUAUACCGGGGAUAGUUAAAGCUGCUGUUAUUGUUUUAAAUCUUCUGGGGUUUAUAUGCAUUCAGUCCUCAGCCUUCUGGUCCAACUCGCGAGGUGUGUAUUUCAAUGUGGUGUCUCAGAUGGGGCUCUGGUUCACGGGAAUUUUGCUUCUGCUCUACUUGUUCCAUGUGGUGGAGAAGUUCCACAACUUCAUGUGGCUUAAAGUAGAAAUGAUUGGAUGUGCUGUGCUGACAUUCUUGUAUCUGAUAGCCUCAACUAUUGUUGUAGCUUUCGGAUCAGCCGCAUAUUCUGCUGCCGGGUUCUUUGGCUACCUAGCGAUGGUGUUGUAUGGAUUUGACUCGUUUCAAAAGUUCCGUGAUAUUCGUGCGGGUGCACUUGCUCAAGGGGAAUGUGUUCAAACCAAGCAGCAGCACGUCACAACUCCUCCAGCCCUGCCCUAGGCCACACAGACAGAGCUGCCACAUACCAAAUAUGAAAAUGCAUCUGACAGACUACGCCACUGAGCUAUUGAGCUACCAAAUAUGAAUGGAUGAUUGCUCAAAGUCAGUUUGUAUUCUCUGUUCAAUACUCUAUGAACCGUUCUGGUUUUAGACAUUUGAAAUUUUAUAAUAAUUUACUAAAGAUUAUUUACUUGAUAAUAACUUUGUAUUCGCUAUGUAUUUAAUGUUUACAUUCAUUAACUAAGUUUUGCACAAUUUCUGUAUCAAUUUGUUAUAAAACCUUGUUUGUCAAACAACACUAUUUCUAUACAUUUCUUCAGAUCACGCUUGUUUACAAACUGAUCUUUAUUGUAUAAUACAUAUGGUGUAUUAUCAUUUGUGUAAAUCCAGUACAACGUCUAUGAUGUAAUUUAUAACCCUUAUUGUUAUUUUCUAUAAUGUUUCUCUAGUCCUUUAUUUCUAAGCUAAAUUUAUAAUUUAAGGCUAAUUUUAAUUGAAUAUUUUUAAUUUCUUCGAUAUUCUAUUUAAUAUUGCGCUUACGUUGGUACAUUAAUUCUUCGUUCUAACCUACGUUCUGGAACUUGAAUUGUCAUAUUGUAAUUAUACUUUACUUCAAAUAUUAUUUAUACAACUCUAACGACGCAUGAUCAGUGUUGUGUGACCAAUUGCUAUCGAACUUUAGUUGUAUGUACUUAAAUAGCUAAGUUUAUCGUUUAGUAAUCAUUAAUUACGCUUAAUUAUUAUUAUUAAAUCAAAGAAUAUAAUUCAGUAUUUUAAUUAAAUAUGUAACGAAAGUCACGGGAUAUCGUGACGCGAUAUUUAUUAAUGUUGACAUACGCUCACAGCUCCGUCCGAAAACCCACAGAUGUGUCAAAUUCAUUGCAUGCUAUGAUUAAUGUUUAAUGUUCUGAUACAAUAAUAAUAUGUAAAAUCAUGAUUGUUAUAAACAAACCUAAUUGUUAAGACGUUUAAUAAAGUAUUUAAUACA